AUGUGCAAGGCACUUCUUAUGCAGUUACACCAAUUCACACAGAUGAGGAAUCAAGCCGUAUCCGAACAAUGUUGGCAGGAUUUUACCAUUUUAUGGUCUCGAGAGUGUAACAAGGGUAUAACUAAAAACAUAUUCUAUAAGCUGCCCGAAAAUUUGCGUCAAUAUUUCAAGGAAAGAGAAAAUCAAAGCAGAUACUUCAAUUCUGUUCUUCUAAAUAAAGAAACAGUUGAUACAGCAACAGAACUGAUUCGGAAAUCUCAGCAAAAAAUUUCACUUGGAAAAGCAACCGAUUUCUUACAAUUUCCAAACCAGACAUUCAGAGACGAUACUAACCAAAUACAUAUGAAAAACAGUACACCUUCAUCCCCUAGAUAUAAAAAAACCUCUAUGCUGCUAAAACCUAGAACUCAAAAAUCUAUGGUUCCUUAUUUUCUUCUUCCACCCCCUUCUUCUGUCCCAUCUAACUUUAUGCCACAGAAACUUAUGCCACAAAACUCUAUGCUACAAAAUCUUAUGCUUCCAAACUCUAUGCCUCCGAACUAUACGCCUCCAAACUUUAUGCCUCCAAACUUUACGCUUCCAAACUAUAUGCCUCCAAAACCUAUGCCUCCAAACUCUAUGCCUGAAAAAAAUAUGUCUGAAACACCUACUGUCAUGAUCCUGUUACAUUUUAUGCCCCAAAUAUGCAAUAUGAGUAACCAGCUUUCAGACUCAAUAUUCAUCAUUGAUCUGUCAGCUCUUUAA